AUGACCGGUAACAUGCUUGCUCCUCCUGCCUCUCAUGGUCCGUCAAGGUCGCGGUCUGCAAGCAAGACGGAGACAAUCAUCUCGACAACUUCCAACCCAUUCUUGACGCCAACAGUCACUAGCUGUGCUUCCUCGUCUCAUGAGGACUCCGAGGAGGCUCUCAAGCCCGAUCCUGGGACUGAGAGUGACUUCAAGGUUGAUAACAACCCUUUUGCCUUCUCGUCUGGUCAGCUGAAUAAGCUGUUGAACCCCAAAUCCCUGGCUGCGUUCCGCGCUUUGGGUGGCUUGUACGGUAUUGCCCACGGACUUCAGUCUGAUAUCAACACCGGCUUGAGUGUCGACGAGACUGCAGCACCCGGAACGGUCUCUUUUCAGGACGCUGUCAGUCCCAUCCCACCGCAGCAGUCCAAAGCUCAGUGGCCACCGACUACUGCAGCGACCAAAAACGUCUUUGAAGAUCGUAUUCGCGUAUACAAACGAAAUGUUUUGCCAGCGAAGAAGGCCACCCCGCUCUGGAAGUUGAUGUGGAAUGCCUACAACGACCAGGUCCUCAUUCUUCUCACGGUAGCUGCUGUCAUAUCUCUGGCCCUGGGACUUUACGAGACUCUCGGGGUUGAGCAUCCCCCUGGAUCUCCCACUCCAGUAGAUUGGGUUGAAGGCGUGGCAAUUUGUGCCGCUAUCGCUAUUGUCACUCUCGUGGGCUCCAUCAAUGACUGGCAGAAGGAGCGCGCCUUCGUUCGUCUGAGUGCGAAGAAAGAAGAACGGGAAGUAAAAGUCACUCGCUCUGGAAAGCAAGCCUUGAUCAGUGUAUACGAUGUGCUUGUAGGGGACGUCCUUCACCUGGAGCCGGGCGACUUGGUGCCCGUCGAUGGAGUUUAUAUCGAUGGUCAUGAACUCAGGUGCGACGAGUCGUCUGCUACGGGCGAGUCUGAUGCGAUCAAGAAGACCGGUGGCAGUAUUGUCAUGAGAGCUCUAGAGAACGGAGAGAGUGCCAGGAACUUGGACCCGUUCAUUGUCUCGGGGGCCAAGGUCUUGGAAGGAGUCGGAACAUUUAUGUGCACCUCCGUCGGAGUCAACAGCAGUUUCGGCAAGAUCAUGAUGUCUGUCCGUACUGAGACUGAGCCAACACCUCUCCAGAAAAAGCUCGAAGGGCUUGCAAUGGCAAUUGCAAAACUGGGAAGCGCCGCAGCAGGAUUGCUUUUCUUUGUGCUGUUGUUCCGCUUUCUGGCUGGCCUUCCUAAUGACUCUCGCCCUGCGACCGAUAAGGCGUCUUCCUUCAUGGACAUUCUCAUCGUCGCUGUCACCAUCAUUGUGGUUGCUGUACCCGAGGGGCUCCCUCUUGCAGUGACUUUAGCACUCGCAUUCGCCACAACAAGAAUGCUGAAGGAGAACAAUUUGGUUAGAGUCUUACGCGCAUGUGAGACCAUGGGUAACGCCACGGCUAUCUGCUCGGAUAAAACCGGAACUCUGACAACGAACAAGAUGACUGUUGUUGCUGGGAGAUUCGACGACACUAGCUUCUCAGCAUCGGAGAACUCGGGCACUUCAUCUCCUUCCAUUCCCACCUGGGCCUCCCAUACUUCGCCGGCUUUCAGAGAGGUGCUCAUACAGUCAGUUGCUAUCAAUUCGACUGCUUUUGAGGGUGAAGAAGCAGGGAAAUCAGUUUUCAUUGGGUCCAAGACUGAGACUGCACUUCUACAACUAGCCAAGGAUCAUCUGGGGCUCCAGUCUCUUGCCGAAAUUCGGGCAAAUGAGCAGGUGAUUCAGCUGAUGCCGUUCGACUCAGGCAAAAAGUGUAUGGGCGCGGUAAUCCGGCUGCGGUCUGGCAUAUAUCGACUUUUGGUCAAGGGUGCCUCCGAGAUCCUCCUUGAGGAUUGCUCGACUAAGGCGAACUUCGCCACUUUAGAUGCGGAGAUCUUAACAGCCACGGAUCGCGUUUCGUUCACGGACACAAUUGAUGAGUAUGCGAAUCGCUCACUCCGGACCAUCGGACUCGUCUAUAAGGACUACCAGGAAUGGCCGCCAUCUUCCGCCACUAACUACGCUACACACUGCACCGACCUCGGUGGGCUUCUGCAAACAAGGGAUCUCGUCUUUCUCGGCGUCGUCGGCAUUCAAGAUCCCGUUCGCCCUGGCGUUCCGGAGGCAGUUCGCAGAGCCCAACAUGCAGGUGUCAAUGUUAGAAUGGUUACUGGAGACAAUGCGGUCACUGCCAAGGCAAUUGCUUCGGAAUGUGGCAUUUACACGGAUGGCAUUGUGAUGGAGGGUCCCGACUUUCGACGACUUUCCGAUGCCGAGAUGGACAACAUGCUUCCAAACCUCCAGGUGCUAGCACGGUCUUCCCCGGAAGAUAAGAGGAUCCUGGUGUCGAAGCUGAAAGCCUUGGGUGAGACCGUGGCUGUCACAGGUGAUGGCACGAACGACGCUCCAGCCCUCAAGGCUGCCGAUAUUGGAUUCUCGAUGGGUGUAUCUGGUACGGAAGUUGCCAAGGAAGCUUCUUCAAUCAUCCUCAUGGACGACAAUUUCACAUCGAUCAUCACCGCUCUCAAGUGGGGUCGGGCGGUGAAUGAUGCCGUUCAAAAGUUCUUACAGGUGGGUGUCAUCAUUGACUUCGUCCUUGGGAUUUUUCAAAUCACCGUCAACAUCACAGCCGUGUUAUUGGCAUUUGUGACAGCCGUUUACGAUGCAGAUAUGAAGCCAGUUCUGACGGCAGUGCAGCUACUCUGGGUUAACUUAAUUAUGGACACCUUUGCCGCGUUAGCAUUAGCUACCGACCCUCCAACCGACAAGAUUUUGGAUCGUCCUCCGCAAGGCAAGAAGAAGGCAUUGAUUACAACCAAUAUGUGGAAAAUGAUCAUUGGGCAGUCUAUCUACCAAUUGAUCGUGACAUUUGUUCUCUACUUUGGCGGAGGCGCUAUUCUCAACUACGACCUGGACGACCCCUAUAAAAAGCUUGAGUUAGAGACAAUCGUCUUCAAUACCUUCGUAUGGAUGCAAAUCUUCAACGAAUUCAACAAUCGGCGACUUGAUAAUAAGUUCAACAUCUUUGAAGGCGUUCACCGAAACCUGUUUUUUAUUGUGAUUAACUGCAUCAUGGUUGGACUGCAGCUUGCAAUCAUUUUCAUCGGGUCUAGAGCUUUCCAAAUUUCCCCCGGCGGCCUUGAUGGUACACAAUGGGCCAUCUCAAUUAUUGUGUCGGCGCUCUGCCUGCCUUGGGCCAUUCUCGUUCGCCUAUUCCCCGAUGCUUGGUUCGCUGCCAUUGCAGAACUCGUCGGCAGGCCAUUCCUGACCUUUUACUCGUGUUUGAGCACGGGUGUUUCUUCCUUGAUGACAGCAUUGCGAAGGAACAGGGAGGAAGACGCCGAAGCAGGCUGUCCGCCAAUGGUGGUCGUCUCAAAUGACAAUGGCAUCAAGGACCAAGAGAAGAUCUGA